GGCGGGCGUCGUGUGGCCCGGAAGAGGCGGCUGGAGGUCGCCGGGAGCCGGGUCGUCCCGUCCCUGCGGCGCGGGAGGAGGAAGGAUCGGGGCGCGAUGGCAGCAGAGGGCCCGGCCACGCGCCCAAUCCAGGUGGCCGAACAUCCCAGAUUGCUGAAGCUAAAGGAGAUGUUUAAGUCUAAGUUUGGAUCCAUUCCCAAGUUUUAUGUUCGAGCACCAGGAAGAGUCAACAUAAUAGGCGAGCAUAUAGAUUACUGUGGCUAUUCCGUUCUUCCUAUGGCUGUAGAACAAGAUAUGUUAAUAGCUGUGGAACCUGUGGAGACAUACAUUCUCCAACUGGCCAAUACAAAUCCCUUGUAUCCGGACUUCAGUACUAGUGUCAACAACAUUCAGAUUGACAAAACCAAGCUUCUGUGGCACAACUAUUUCCUGUGUGGAUUUAAAGGAAUUCAGGAGCACUUUGGUCUCUGUGACCCGACUGGGAUGAACUGCCUGGUGGAUGGAACUAUCCCGCCAAGUUCCGGCCUGUCCAGCUCCAGCGCUUUGGUCUGCUGUGCUGGCUUAGUGACCCUCACAGUCCUGGGCAUGAGGCUGUCCAAGGUGGAGCUUGCAGAAAUCUGUGCCAAGAGCGAGCGUUAUGUUGGUACCGAAGGAGGAGGCAUGGACCAGUCCAUAUCCUUUCUUGCAGAAGAAGGAACUGCCAAGUUCAUAGAAUUUAGUCCUCUCCGGGCAACUGAUGUGAGGCUUCCCAGUGGAGCAGUGUUUGUGAUUGCCAACAGCUGUGUGGAAAUGAACAAGGCAGCGACUUCCCACUUCAACAUCCGGGUAAUGGAGUGUCGGCUGGCUGCAAAGCUCCUGGCUAAGCACAAAAGCCUGCAAUGGGACAAAGUCCUUCGGCUGGAGGAGGUGCAGGCCCAACUAGGGAUCAGCCUGGAAGACAUGCUGUUGGUCACAGACGACGCCCUUCACCCAGAGCCCUACAGCCCCGAGGAGAUCUGCAGGUGCCUGGGAAUCAGCCUGGAGGAACUGCGAACCCAAAUCCUGAGUGCAAACACUAGAGACGUGCCUGUCUUCAAGCUCUACCAGCGGGCCAAGCACGUGUACAGCGAGGCGGCCCGGGUGCUGCAGUUCAGGAAGGUCUGCGAGGACAGCCCAGAGGAUGCGGUGGCGCAGCUGGGGGAGCUGAUGAACCAGAGCCACCGCAGCUGCCGGGACCUGUAUGAAUGCAGCUGCCCCGAGCUGGACCAGCUGGUGGACAUUUGCCGGACGUCCGGGGCGCAGGGCUCGAGGCUCACCGGUGCAGGCUGGGGCGGCUGCACGGUGUCACUGGUGCCAGAGGACGUGCUGCCUGGCUUCCUGGCCCGCGUCCAUGCAGCCUACUACCAGGGGAGCGAGCACAGUGCAGCCCCAGGGCAGCACAGCCUGUUCGCCACCAAACCUGGAGGCGGAGCUCUGGUUUUCCUUGAGGCCUAAACAAUAUCAAAACUCCGAGAAACUAUUUAGGGCAUUUAGGACCUGGCAGGAUUUCCUAUGCCACAGUAAAUUAAUCCUCUCUCUGUUUUAUAUUAUGAUGAUCAGUUGCUAUUAUCACGAUGCAUUUCCAAAAAAUGGUUGAAACCCCUCUAUGCUUCAUAAUGAUUAUUUUUUCCAUCUUAAAUUUUUUUUUUUUAAACCAAUGUGAGCCAGAGAUGCUGGACAGAUGAUUUACUAAGAUUUAUUAGUUUGGGAUUUUAAGAUGAAUGGGGAAAUACACUAAUACACAGACUGGACUUGAAUUAAACAUACUGCUACAGUUAAGAGGAUA